AUGCAUCUCAGUAACAAGCAUGAGCAAAGGUCGGCGACACCUCUGCACGACACCUCGGACCUUGUGAUACGGUAUGGUGGAGUAUGUUUACGAAAAACUUCUCCGCCCUGCCCCUCACAACUGUGUCAAACGGCAAGGAUUCGGAAAAUCGCUGUAUACAAGCGCUUUAUGGAUGAAGGCUGUAUACGAGGAUUUGAUUUCGCAAUUGCUGAACUGGAAAGCGAUCUACGGUUCGAUGGCUCAACUUCGCCUAUUUGCUUACCAAAUGGGAAUUUCAGCCUAAUGGCUGCCUACAAUCUGUAUGAUUUCGGCUUUGGAGAGAACGAAUUGGGCGAAAAAAUGUCCCGGCUGAAUUAUGGUAGCGCAAUGAUUACUGCUGUUUCGCAAUAUCACGAUUUCAUCCGAGCUGGGCCCAUUUUCAGCAGCAACAGGCUUCAAGGAUUCUUCAAACAACGUGCUUAUCUAAUUGGAAUACACUCAUUCGGCCCAAAAUUCUGCGACGACGGUGCGCCUUUUACGGUCACCGAUGUACGGCCGUACGCACAUCUGAUAUGCCGGGUGACAGGAGUAUGUUAUCAAUUAGCAACUUAA